CCAUGUGGUUUGAUCGUCAGCACACCGGGUGAAAAAUUUGAUAUUUUGUUGAAGGUACCUUUGGUGGGACGGUUGGAAAAAAAGGGAUCAUUCCGACGACCAUGCGGAAACGUGUACCCGACGGAUGAGGAUUUAUCGGAGAAAUUAUGA